AUGGGAUCGAUUGUUCGAACAGCACAGGAUGGCCUCGCGGCUGUCCUAUCUCCAGUGAAUCUCAUUUCGCUCGCCGGCCUUUAUUUGGCAUAUCGAGUGGCGGUGGCGCUGUACAAUAUUUCGCCGCUUCAUCCUCUGUACAAAUUUCCGGGGCCCAAGCUGGCGGCCAUGGGCUAUUUCUAUGAGGGAUACUACGAUUUCUGGCUUGGCGGCAGAUAUGGUCAUGAGAUUCGAAGGAUGCACAAAGUGUAUGGUCCCAUUGUGAGAAUCAACCCAGAUGAACUUCAUUGCAAUGACCCAAACUUUACCGAUGAAAUCUAUGCUGGGGGUGGCCGUGUCCGAGACAAGUGGCAACACUUUCUCAAUACCAGUUCGGGACCAAUCACUGUGGGCACUUUCUCGACUCGCUUCCACGAAAGCCAUCGUGUCAGAAGAGGGGCCAUGGCAAAGUACUUCUCCAGGGGCCAGAUGCUCAAACUUGAGCACGAGGUCUACGAUUUUGUUCAGCGUACCAUUGAUAAGGUCUUGAGGACAAAGGGACCAUUCAAUGUCAAGGACGUAUUUGAUUGCUUCACUGCCGACAUUAUUUCGCAAUAUGCGUUUGGCGAGCCCAUGGGCUUUGUUGACCAGGAGGGCUGGACUCCCAAUUUUGGGACUUGGGUCGCCCCGUUCUUCGACACUGUAUACAUGAUGAGACAUGUUCCAGUCAUGCGAAGUCUGGUCGGACUGGCCCCAAUGUUCGCCAACUAUAUGGGUGAAGACGUAAAGGCUCUUUUCCACGAGCUGGGUGUUAAUAUCCCGGGGUAUAUCCAGAAGGCUCUGGAUAACAAGGAAGAUGGGAGAGUGUUUGCGGAUCUGAUUAGCUCGCCUCUCUUGCCUGACUCGGACAAGACCAUGUAUCGACUUUCUGGCCAAGGAUUUGAUCUCUUGUCAGCAGGAACAGAAACAACUGCCGCGACACUUACUUGCAUUGUCUAUUGGCUCCUGGCAAAGCCCACAAUCUAUACUAAACUGAUGGAGGAAUUGAAGGGCACCGACCCUAACAAUCUCAAAUGGACCGAACUGGAGCAAAAGCCAUACCUGUGGGCUGUGAUCCACGAGGCCCUUCGCCAUAUGCCUGGCAUCUCACACAGGCAAGUCUCAAUACAGGGCCCAACUCGUGUCGCUCGAGAGGAGACACUAAUUUACAAGAAUGAGGCCGGUGAUAUAGAAUACGUGAUUCCCAAGAACACCCCUGUCGGCAUGACUUCAAAGAUCAAUCACAGCAAUGAGAGCUUGUUCCCCGAUCCUGAUGGGUUCUUACCCGAGCGUUGGUUAUUAGAAAACGGACAACAGAACUACUCUCUGGAAAAGUACUUGAUCUCUUUCUCCAGAGGCAGUCGUAUCUGCUUGGGAAUGCACCUUGCAUAUUGCGAACUUUACCUCAUGACAGUCGCCAUGGCCCUUAGGGUGUUGCCAAAGGCCAAGUUAUAUGAGACAACUAUUGAGGACAUCAAGUACGAUCACGAUGCUGUGGUGCCACAUACGACAAAGGGCUCAAUAGCGGUGCGGAUUGAGCUUUCUUAA